CGCAAGUUCUACUUAUAAAACUUACAUCAUUAAAUUCAGAAAAUUCCAAGGAACAUUUAUAUAUUAAUUUGAUAUUUUAAAGUUGAAAGCUGGUAAAGUUAUUUAGAUUUAACGUAAUAAAACCUAUAGUGGAUUUGCUGUCCACACACUUCCUAGACCCGAUUUGUACAUACAUAGUGGUUUGCCUGCCGAAGCUUCACCGGUAUACUGUAAGUGUGCCUGGGGGGGAAGUGGUGGAUGGAGCUCUACCUACCUAACCUACAUUUAUCUCCCCUUUUCUUUCUUUCUUUCUUUCUCCCUUGCCGGAUUGAUUCUCUUAUCUGUUGAGUUCGUUUGCUUGGGAAGUUUGAAGAAGAAGAAGAAGAAGAAGAAGAAAAUCAAGAUCCAAUCACUAUCUAUCUAGUACGCAAGGUUACAGGAAGGAAAGGCUGAAAGCAAAACAGCUUGUUUGUGGCGAUGCCAGUAGUACACACGCAGUUAAACGGAGGAGGCUCCUCGACGUCGGUCAUGGAGGUGGAGAUGGAGCCGGUGUACAUGUCGCCGCUGUCUUCAAAGGACGGCCCGGCUGCUGGGGUUCCGGUGAGAGGAUCAAGCCAUCGUCACCGGGUUGGUAGUGCUGAGGACGGCGGCGUUGCACCAGAGCAGGGGGACAGGGCGACGGAGGUGGCGCAGCGCUGGAAUUAUCCCCCCAAAAACGUCCCAAGGAUUGGGGCUUGCUUCUGGUCGUUUGUGGUCAUGGGGGCUAAUGAUGCGGCUUAUGGUCCUCUUAUUCCAUAUAUACAAAAGCACUACGACCUGACAUACGUCGUCGUAUCGCUGAUCUUCCUCUCCCCUUUCAUGGGCUACACCGUUGCGGCGUUCCUGAACAACAGCAUCCACCUGUCCAUGGGCCAGCGCGGCGUCGCCUUCCUGUCCUCGGGCUGCCACCUGCUCGCCUACAUCAUUAUCGCCGUGCACCCGCCCUACCCCGUCUUGGUGAUCACGUUCAUACUGGCGGGCUUUGGCAACGGCAUCGCGGACGCGGCGUGGAACGCGUGGAUCGGCAGCAUGGCGCACGCGAACGAGAUACUGGGGUUCUUGCAUGGCGUGUAUGGCGCCGGCGCGGUGCUGAGCCCGCUUAUUGCGACGACGAUGAUCACGAAGGGCCAUUUGCCUUGGUAUGCGUUUUACUACCUUAUGAUCGGCAUGGCGGGUCUCGAGAUCCUGGCAUCCGUCACCUGUUUCUGGUCGGCGACCGGGCGCGAGUACCGGGACUCCUUGGCGCGACACUACUCGGGCGACAACGACCACUCGAUCAAGAGCAGCCUCAAGGAGGCUUUGAUGACACGCCCCGGCGCGCGCGUCACUUGGCUGUGCGCGCUUUUCCUGCUGGGCUACGUGGGGCUCGAGGUCGCGCUCGGCGGGUGGAUCGUCGAGUUCAUGAUCCAGGUCCGGCAGGGGGAGCCGUUCGCGAGUGGCAUGACGGCGACGGGGUUCUGGCUUGGGUUGACGAUUGGGAGGGUGGUGCUGGGGUUUGUGACGCCGAGGGUGGGGGAGAAGUUGGCGAUCAUGAUAUACCUUCCGGUGACGAUGGGAUUGGAGCUUCUCUUCUGGCUCGUCCCCCAGUUCUACGUGUCGGCGGUCGCCGUCGGCCUCCAGGGGUUCUUCAUCGGGCCCCUGUUCCCCGCCGCCAUCGUCGCCAUGUCCAAGCUCCUCCCGCGCCACCUCCACGUCGGGGCCAUCGGGUUCGCGGCAGCGUUCGGUGGCAGCGGCGCGGCUAUUCUGCCCUUUGCGGUUGGGGCCAUAGCGCAGGCGAAGGGCGUGCAGGUGCUGCAGCCGAUUAUCCUGGCUUUUCUCGUGGUCAUCUUUUUGCUAUGGAGUGGGUUGCCGAGGAUGGAUAAGAAGAAGGAAUGAUUGACCUUGGCGUAUAUACAUAAGUACCUACCUGCCAAUAUACACCAUGAUAAUUUUUCAAGAUCUUAUUGUUGUAACGAUACUCCUUAGCCCGGUCACGUUCUCAGAGUUGAGAAUGUAAUUCCGAUAAAAGCUGCCAAGGCAUGGAGGCAACAGGUAGCAGGCAGGCAGGGCGAAUGCGUCGUCAAAGUUGCAGUAACCUUUCACAGCCUCGUUGAUAACUGUGUCGUCAUCCUGCCCGCUGCCUAGGGCCUAGUAAAGGUAGGGCAGAGUAGUAAAGCACACGCAUGUUCCAAGGCUACCUAUAUCCUUCCCAGUUUCUACCUUGUGACAAACUUACACCGUACUGUGUAUGCCCGCCAUCAAGCUGUUGGGACGUGUAUCUACCUACCUAACCUAGUAGGUACGUGAAACACCAACUAGGUAUAGCUCCCUACCUAGACUACCUAGAUAGGUAUCGAGCAAUGCUCCGUUACACAUAUCUAUCCCUACCGGGUCAACUGGGAGAACAGAAGGUCAUGUGAGUUUCUUCAUCUGCCGUCAGCAUUAAGGUCCAAGGGGGGCCAUGUUACGCUAGAACCCAACGCACCUAUCCGCAGCAUCGGGUGUCGUGUAAGCUGUGUCGCGGACCAGGGGUGGAAGAGGGGGGAACGUGGGCUGCGGGCUGCGUG